AUUCAGCUCUCACAGAAGGUGAUUCACCUGCACACAGAAGCAACUGCCUGCUCUCCCAGCCCAGCCUGCAGAGCUAUUCAUGAAGCGAUUUCUGAUCGUCCUGGCUGGAGUUUCAGUGAUCGGCAUUGUGACUACAGAGAGAUCAUCAUGUCUGAAACGUGCAGCAUUUUCUUCCACAAACUUUGAGAACAUCCUGACCUGGGAAACAGAGGCAGAUAUUCCCCCUGGCACUGUAUUUGAUGUCCAAUACAAACAGUAUGGAGAGAAAUCCUGGCUCACCAAGAAUGAGUGCCAAAGCAUCACCCAGCUCUUCUGCAACCUCACCCGGGAGACAGAGAACUUCAGGGAGCAUUUCUACGGCCGGGUGAGGGCCAGGAACUGCUCCUCCAGCUGGGUGCGCUCCGAGAGGUUCGAGCCCCGCAAAGAGACCAUUAUAGGAGCACCACAAGUGGAAUACAUUCCCUAUGUCCGCUCCAUAAAGUUCCUUAUCCGGCCCCCCGUUACCCCCCUGCGGGGUGAGGAUGACCAGCAGCUCACUGUGGAGGACAUUUACAGCAAAUUUGGGCCUGUGGAUUAUCACCUGACAAUAUUCAACCAGAGGACACACCAGCAGUGGACAAAGAAUGAGCACAACAAAGAACUUGAAGUUUCCAAUUUGGACCCAGACACUGAAUACAAUGGAACAGUUUAUAUCUGUCUGCUCCAGAGAAGGAGCAAACCUCAAGUGUUUUGGGUCAAAACACUGGCAGACAAGACGUGGAUCCUCUACUGUUUGGUGGCCCUGGCGUUCUGUGCAGGGCUGAUCUUUGCUGCCGGCAUUUAUGUGAUCUACAGAUACAUCAAACAGCGCAGUGCCCAGCCCAGGGCCUUGGACUUCAGAGGGAUUCCAUCAUUCCAGCCUCUCACGCUGACAGUGGAGCACAUCAUAAAGCCCCUUAGUUUAUCCAAACCUUCCCUUUUCAUCCCUGAAGUGCAGCUGGCACAGAUGAGCCAACAUUUGGACUGGGCUCCGGAGCCACCACGGCCUUUCUGUCCCUACCAGCAACAGGCAGAUGUUCCAGCAUUCCAGCUGCCCCCUCAGCCAUCCCAGGUGGAAAUCACAGCUCUGACUGGUUACACUCCUCAAACAGCUGCGCAGAGCAUUCCUGCUGCCACAUCCAGCACAAGCGAGCCCCUGACCUAUGGGGUGUGUGUGGAAGGCACAGACCACGCCAACAGGAGCUCACAGCAGGACCAAAGGCUGAAGGAAGUUUCUCCAGAUCAUUCUGUGCAUGGAAAGCUCCAAACCCAGGGGCUGGGAAAGAGCUGCAGCCACUGGGAUUACAAAGAGCAGCAGCCAGAGGUGGCACUGUGGAAGAGCAGGGACAGACUGGAGUCGGUUCUGUUCCAGGGGAGCCCUGGGCAGAUGCAGCUGCUGCUGCAGAGUGACGGGCUGGAAAGUCCAGAGUAUGUGUCCCAGCUGUCCCUGUCUUUGCUGGAACAGGGAGGAUGCUACAGACAACAGGCAGAGCUGCCACUGCUGCUGUCUGCAGGGACAGCUGAGGCAGACUAUGUUCCAGAGGAUGAACUGCUGGCACCUCUGUCAGCAACCCUCCUUCUCUCAGUCCGGACUGGGAACGAUUUCCCUGGAGAGAACCACCCGGAGCAGUGGAUGCUGCCAGAGUCAUUCCUACAUCCUGCAAACAAAGUGCAGCUCCCAGAGACUGCAGGCAUGGAAAUGUUCCCAGCAGCAAAGGAGCUGAGCUGCACAGAACUGAGCGUGUCCCCAGACAGCAGCUCAGGCCGGGACAGGGGCACUCCUCUCACCAUGCUCUUCAAAGAUUUGGACUUAAAAGUGCAGUGGGAUGAGGAUGAUAACACAGAAUUUUAUUAGGAUGACUUAAUGGUGUUAAAAUCCAGGUGAUGUUUUCUUGCAUGAAACAGAAGCAAUGCAAAACCACAGCUAAUGCUGGCUGUGUUAACGUGCUCAGGGCUGUCAGACUGUUCCAUUGUGGGCUUUGGUGCCUUUACUGAUAGAAUUACUCCUUGUUACACUGCAAUACUGUACCUUUGCACUUAAACAACAAGUCUUUCUUUCUUGCAUAUUCUCAAAUCUAUUAUGUGUUGGGUUACUUUAAAAGAUGAGUUAAGAUCCCAUUUCCAACUCCAAAUUCAGUUUACUGAAAAUUUAGCAAAAUUCACAACAGAAACUGCCUUUGCUCUUUACCAACACCAAAGAUCGAGGGCUAAGAUGUAUCCACACUUAGAAGAAAUUCAGGUAUGCAAACCUGAAAGAAUUCAGCGUGGUAGAGUAAAAGAAGUAAAUAGUUAUUGGCAUUCUAGCCUUGGAUAAAUGACUUGGCAGUAUUCUACUUCCCUGGGAUGGACUUUGCCUUUAAAGGAGUCCUUGAAACUGAGUAACAGCUCCUGAUGCCACAGUUCUGUGAAAUAUGUCCCUGUACCCUGUGGUUUUUAAUACUAGUACAAAGAUAAAGCCUUUUUUAAUACCUGUACAAAGAUAAAGCCUUUUUCAUCUCUGCAACAGAUUAAUGCAGCCUUGGCCCAGUUCUGAGAUUUCUCAGCUGCUGCUCCUUUCCUUCUCUGCAAUAGUCACACAUUCUCUUCUUCCCUUGAGAUCCCCAGGGAUGAAGCACCUGGGAUCACAUUCCAGGCAGGCAGGGAUGUGAGGAUUUACAGCACUCCCGGUCCAACCCUCAAUCUCAGUUUAUCCCAAUCCCAAUCCACGCACUCAGUAAUCCACAAAGGAGACCGGGGAGGUCUUGAGCUCUUCCUCCCACCCCUCACUGACACUGCCCAUGAGGAACCUGCUCCAUGUUCCUGGCACAUCCUCCAGAGCUGCCAUGACCAUUUUUUGGGAGCCAAAAUCCUUGGAGCACUUGCAUCUCCACCAAAAGCAAGUUAAAUUCUAAAUUCAGGGGCCAAAGGAGGCAAUUAUUUUUCAUUCAGAGGAAAGCACAGUUCAGCCUGUUCAUUUCCAGUGCUGUGGUGAAAAAUGUGUCCGAGGACAUCGGUUCUAGAGAAGUGGAAGCAUUGACAGGAAUAAGCAGGGUUUGACUGGUAUGGGGAAGUAUUCACUAGAAGAGACUAAGGCUGACCAGAGGUAAAAUCCAGCUGUUCCCACUCCAAGUGCACUUGGGGGUUUUCUCAGCCCAGGGAAGCUGAAGCUAAAGGCUAAAUUCCACUUGCUUUGGGGUGGUUUUGCAAAUAAGCCAUAGGCUCAUGAAGUGAAGAUUUUUGAUGAUUCAACCCAGGAUUAAAGAAAUAGUCUUACAAACUUUACAGGCCAAGGUUCAGCUCCGAGCUCCAGCACCAACAACUGACGAAGAGCCACAGCCCUGUGAGGCCAAAAGGUCAAAAUUCCAAGUGUGGUGAAGAAGUGUCAAGCACUGGGUAUCAAAGAUUGAAAUAUGUGCACGGCUUGGGCAGCGACCAGCAGGACAUUUCCAGGGAGCUCACCCCAUACCAUUCACUGCUAAAGGGUUUGUGGAAUGCCCUUUGAUCUGUUUCCUGUACUCUGUGCCCCAAAAAACAACGCACAGAGAAAUGCUGCAGCUCCUGGAGUGGUUCCCAAGGACUGUGAGACCCCAGGGGUGACAUUUUUUCCCACUAAACCUCCCCAGAGAGGCAUUUAAAGCCAGUGAUGCAAUUACCUUGUUCAGAGUUGCCUGUGGGCUGCAUAUCUUGUGUCAACAACAUUCCCAGUGAUGCUACUCAGGGAAUAAUCAAAUGCCACAAUAUCAACAUUUUGGAUUGUGUUAUGAAAUAUAACCCCCAGCACAGGAAGAGUAUGGGCAGAGUCGUGUGGAAGGGAUGGGGGCCUUGGGAGAGCAUGUGAAUGUGCUGCUAAAAUCACAUUAUUUUCUAUUUUAAAAGCUUUUCCAAAUCCCUCAGCAGAACCCCUGCUGCAGGGUCUGAUCAUGCCCAGACUGUAUAAAUGUGUCAUCCUGGUGGAGGACAGAUGGCAGCUGAGGAAAGUCUAGGAAUGGAUUUUUAGAAUGCACGUUGGUGCCUAAAGAUGCAAAGUGUCCCCGAGCUGGGACAUCCAUCUCUCCUUCAGGCCCUUAAAUACCUUCAGGGCUGCAUUACCCCUGACUGAACAAAAGGCAGGAAUGAUUCCAGCCCCAUCCCAUCCUGCCUGUUCCACCCUCCAGCAGCUGUAAUGUCCAGGGAUCACAGGCAGGAGAGCCCUGUCCUUUGGAGGGACUGACUGCAAUAUCCUCAACUUCCUGCUCUCGUCAUGGCUUAGUCAAUAUUGAUCUUUGAGGCCUGGAUCUUCUGAGCAGAGGGAGAUCGGUUCUUGUCUCAUGAGUCACCUUCUAAAUUUAACACAUAGAUCAUCCAUUCUCAAGCUGCUUCUCUUUGGAAAAGCUUGGAAAGAGAGGUUGAUGCUGUUGAAGGAAUGUGUCAUCCUUGCUGACCUCACUGCCUUCCUCUGUUCAGAACCAAACUGAUCCAUUUGUGUCAAACAGCUGCUCCAGGACAUCCUUAUCUCCAUCUCCUUCUGUGUAAGAACAUUGCCAGGUAAACAGCAGGAUUUCAACAUUGUUCCAAAGGUCUCCCCACGCAAACCAUCUGUGCCUAACAGCACUCUGCUCCUCAGUCAUCCUGGCUGCUCCAGAUAACAGUUCUGAUAGCUCUGGAUAAUAAAAUCAAGGAGUGUGUGUGUCCCCAGCAGAUGUCACGCCAAUGACAGGUGAGCGCUGCAGUUCAGUUGUCACAAGGACACCAGAGGAGCAGGUGGCAGCUGAAACCCUAGAGCAAAGCAUUGCUCUUUGUCUUCUCAGCUAAAUCUGGGAGCUGGCACUUGCUCACUCCCCGAGCAGCAGCCCCGCUGGAAGCUCAGCAGGGAUCCUUGCCCAGGGAUGAACACUCUGCAAGCCAAGGAUCCCUUUCUCCCUCCCUGUUUGUUCCUUUAUUUUGGCACUGGAGGGUGUUUGAGCACUAUGAAAAAUCACCGGUGAGUUUUUUAACAAGUUCUGAGAGGAAAAUCUUACUCGAGGGACAAAUGGGAAGCUCUAAAUUCUGGAGACAGAAUGAAGGAGAGCUCACAGAAGCACAGAAUAUCCUGAGCUGGAAGGGACCACACGGAUCAUCAAGUUCAACUCCUGGUGCUGCAAAGAUACCUCAACAAUCCCACCUUGUGCCUGGCAGCGCUGUCCCAACGCUCCUGGAGCUCUGGCAGCCUCGGGGCCGUGCCCAUUCCCUGGGCAGCCU